AUGGCGUCCGGUUUUUUGUGUGUGCGAUAAAAUAAUUGUUUUCAUGAAAUCAUUAAACUUGAUUGAUAAUUUUAGAUUUAAUGGUUUAUCUUUAUAGUAAUUAUGAACAUAAAGCUAAAUCUGAUAUGUAAAAGUUUGUUUUGUGUGCCUACGAACUCUGAUUACGUGCGUGUCGAUGUAGUGUCUAGCGUCCUAUGCCGCCUUUUUCAUUAGCUGAUGAGUGUAAUUCUCGGGCAUAUGUGGAUAGAUUGUAAUAAAUGACUUGGAAUCUUUGUUUAUAGGUAUUGUGCGAUGUUUAAAGUUAGUUUGAGCUUGUUUCGGCGGUAGCGGUUUCAUGAGUGCGUUGUGCGUUAGUAGGUGUGAAAGCGUAUGUAUAUGGUCGUAAUGGCAAAUCUGUCAUGAGUAGUGUGUUCGCCAGUGUUUACUAUCGUGCUCUGGAUGUGUGCAAAAAGUAGUUGUUUAAACUUUUUUAAUGUAGUGGAGUAAAAUCGGUGAAAAUGUGUAUGCCAACGCCGAGCAACGUUUCAGGCUUCGGGUACUCGUGGGGCUUCACGAGUACCUCGGACCUCACCAAGUGCGAAGUCGACACUCCUAGCAGCUUGAGCUAUACGCUGGGGAACACGGUGUCGCCAGAAACAACAUUGACUGUUAUGUCCCACAAGACACCACAAGUCCAGGAAAAAGUUGGCACUGUAGUAGCGGUGACAAACGCAGCAACGCAAGUCACAAGAGUUCUUACAGGGACCCCUGUGCCAGGGAGACGAGCUAUGUUUGUGCUAAACGAAGCUCCAACACAUACCAUAAACAGGGUGUCACAGCAGAAUCAGACUGCUACUAUACAGACAACAAACCUAACAUCAAAACCCUUCAUGACGCCAAUCGGCCCAAUACAAUUGACGGCAGAAGAAUGCAACGAGAUCCUAAUGAAACGUGCACUGCAAGCUCAAGGGAUUGCAACCCCAGUCAUAGAUGCUUCCCAACUGAACCACACUCUGCUGAACGGUGGCCUGAAGAGUCUGGCUGAGGCCACACAACAGCAGAGUCAAGCAGAGACUAUACAGACCACAACAGUGCAUCAGCACCAUUUGCUGCAUACUAAGCAAGAACCAGGCACCGCCAACAACUCUCCUAAAGCGGUGUACUCACAGACAGACAUGAUGUCCAACUCAGUGAUGACAGCGGUGCCCACGCCGGUGAAGGAGCGGCCUUACUCGUGCGACGAGUGCGGCAAGUCUUUCCUGCUCAAGCAUCAUCUCACUACGCACGCGAGAGUGCAUACUGGCGAGAGGCCCCACGUGUGCGGUCACUGCGGCAAAGCGUUCGCUCGCAAACACUGCCUCAACACGCAUCUGCUGCUUCACUCGGCCGAGCGGCCCUACCGCUGCCACGAGUGCAAGAUGGCCUUUACGCUGAAGCACCAUCUCGUCACGCAUUCCAGGGUUCACAGUCGCGACCGCCCAUUUGUAUGCGGUGAAUGCGGACGUGGCUUUCCUCUGAAGAGACACCUGGUCACUCACAGCAAGUAUCACGCGGGCGAACGGCCCUACGUCUGUACUGACUGCGGAGAGAGCUUCGCGCAAAAGGAACAUUUGGUGAUGCACAGUCGUUUCCACGGUUCAUUGUCGCCGUUCGUAUGCCCUGACUGCGGAGUGGCCUUCGCGAGGAAGUUCCAACUCGUCAACCACGGCCGAGUGCACGGCAGAGUGCCGCACGCCUGUCCUGUGUGUGGGAAAGAGUUCCUGCAGAAGAGGACGCUGGUCGCUCAUAUGAAAAUCCACACAGGCGAAGGCGCAGUUGCGUGUCUAGAAUGUGGCGAGGCUUUCAAAUGCAAGUCAGAGUUACAACAGCACUGUAAAAUGACGAGACAUUGCGUGACGACGCAAACGCAACAACAGCAACAACAACAGCAGCAACAGCAACAAGCGCAGCAGCAAGCCCAACAACAGGCGCAGCAGCAAGCGCAGCAACAGGCCCAACAACAAGCGCAGCAGCAAGCGCAACAACAAGCGCAGCAACAGGCGCAACAGCAGGCGCAGCAACAAGCCACUGUUAUUAAACAGGACGACUUUAAGCCGCAGAUAGUUCAAGUCAUUGGUGCUGACGGUCAAAUAAUCUCUGAGAAGACUGCCCCAGGAUAUGUGUGUCAAGAGUGUGGCUCGUGUUUCAAUACAAAGGAAGCUCUGUCGCUGCACGUGCGCCUGCACGCCGGGGACCGCACCUGCGUGACGGACUUGUGCGCGCUCACCGCCGCUCUGCAGCCCGGCCUGAUAACCACCAGCGUCGCCUCGCACAACGCACACAAUCAGCCCAUACAGAUUAUAUCGAGCAAUCCCAACAACGUAGUUCACACACAAGUCAUAGCGACGAAUCACCACGUCGCGCCGCGACCGAAGCUUCACUUUUGUGUCGACUGUGGUAAAGGGUUUGCAGCUAAACACGGCUUAUUAGCACAUCAUAGGAGACACCCGGACGGUAGCUGCACACUACGUACACACGUGUGCGACCAGUGCGGCAAAGCGUUCUUCCAGAAGAACCAUCUCAUGCUGCACCAGCGGCAGCACAUGGACUUGCCGCCGAGAAACACGCAAGCGCAGCAGCAAGCAACGCAGCAAGCGCAACAGCAAGCGGCUCAACAGGCGGCUCAACAGGCGGCGCAACAGGUCGCGCAACAAGUCCAGCAACAGGUCCAACAGCAGCAGCAACAGCAACAGCAACAACAACAACAGCAACAGCAACAACAGCAUCAGCAACAAGUGCAACAUCAAAACGCGUUAGAGCUGGAGCAGGAUCAUCAACAACCCACGCAUAUACAAGUGGUAACAAAUCGAUCAGGGCAAGUGAUCGGCAAUCAAAUAGUUGUAGGCACGGUGGGAGGUCGCCGAACGUUACUGGGGACGCCGCUGCAGAUCGUGACGCGCGACGGAAAGCCUAUCAACGCACAAAUCGCGCACAAGCGACAUCAUAGUGGUGACGUAAAAGAAGUAGGCGGCUUGGUGCUAUCGACGGGCCGAGGCUCAGGUCUCAUCAAGUAUGAGAUCUCUCUCCCGCCGCCCACUUCAGUGGUACAAGUGCAACAGCUGGACUGAGCCAAGCCUGAACCAGACGACUUGCUCGUCUGGCAGAAGUGAAGUGAAGCAAACCACAUGAAAAGUGGAGUGAAGUAGUCCUAGAGUGGACCACACGAAAAGUGGAGUGAAGUGAUACUAGAUUGAACCACACGCAAAGUGAAGUGAUACUAGAUUGAACCACACGCAAAGUGAAGUGAUACAAGUUUGAACCACACGCAAAGUGGAGUGUAGUGAUACAAGAGUAAAGCUUGUCAACGACGAUCUGAAGACAUUACUGCCCAUUCAUAACGUUUAAAACUGCGGUGAGCAAACUGCUAUGUGCAAAACAAAUGUAUGGUUGAGUAUUGAGUUGCCCACAAACUAUAGUGCAGCUAUGGGCGAUUGCAAAAAAAACAAUCUAAUAAAAAUCGAGAAUCGAUUGAACAAAUGUUCGAUUUUUAAGUCUACAAAUGCGAAGCGCACGAUCUGGAACAAAUAAAUCAAAUGUCUAAAGCAAUUGCAUUCUAUUUUUGAUUCAUUCAUCCCAGACCUACAUGUUAAGUAAACAAUCGAAAACAACAAUAUUUUUUGAUUGUUCAAUUGCUUUUUUAUUGUUAGCGAAUAAUUCGAUUGUCAGCGAAUAAUUCGAUUGUUAUCGAAUAAUUCGAUUGUAAUCGGAUAAUUCGAUUGUUAUCGAAAAAUUCAAUUGUUAUCGAAUAAUUCGAUUGUUAUUUGAAUGAAUCGCCCAUUGCUACUAUAGUGAUGCAACAAUAGUGGCAUGUCAGGAUCCAUACAUUUGCUAUUCUUUGUUGCAAAGUACUAAGCUACUGCUCAAGCGGAAAUGUUGGUUGUAAAGAGCAGGUUGAAAUCUGAAGGGUAUGACCUUUCCAGAUCUUUGUAAAGUCAUGUAGUUCACACAAGCCAAAAACUGUCCAGUUAGGAGUGGUUAAGAACUAGCAAUUUCAAGAGGAAUUUACUCUAAUUAAGACUCCAUGAGCUUGUUGAGUUGACAGAUAAAUAAUUACAAUUGAAUCUAGGAUGUAUGAAGCUAUUCCUUUAAAAUGAAAUUCUUUCAGAAAAGAUCGCCUUAACCUUAAGUACAGUCCAUAGAAGCACAUUCUAACAUAGACUGUGAGAGUUAAAUAUCCAUUUGAUAUUUGAUUUGAGGCGCAUUUCGUCUAACCGUUUCGUUGAUUAAUCGAUUUUGGAAGUGAUAUGUUGAAACAACAAUAUCAUUGUCAUCAUUAUCAUUAUCAAUGAAUAGAUGCCCACAGCAGGUCUCUUGUAGAGACUUCCACACGCCAUGAUCUUGCGCCGCCUAAAUCUAGCGGCUCCCUGCGAAUCGUUUGAGUCAUCAGUCCACCUAGUGGAGGGAAACAUCAUAUUAAAAAAAAACCAAAAACAUUUGGUUAUAUCAUAACAAAUGGGAAAAAAUCGAUUAAUCAAUAAACCAAAUUGUGCAUUGGUAAGCCUUAACUUUCUAUACCAAUAGCAAUGCUCACUGAUUUGCAGUUCCAAUACAGUAGUGAAUGUUGAACAACUCGGAACCGCUAGCUAGUGUGAUACACCAAUAUUUUUUGUUUUCUCAGGAUUCACAGUAAAUCAUGUUUAGAUUUUAAAGGGUGAAAAUGGUUCUACUUAUUUGAUGGCAAUAACAGUGAUGUAUCAUAUUUAUUAUACUAUUUUCUAUUCAGCAUUUGAGUAUCGAUUUAGAUAGCAAGGUUUUGAUUCUCGGAUUUGAUCCUUGGCCUUGAUCCUUGGCCUUGGCUCGCCGAAGCUUAUUUGUGGCACCCACUACUGGUGCCGCAAGCUUCACCCGGCCGGCAGCCGCGAUCUUGGACUGCCAGUACCACUCUCCACCACUACUUCAGACCUGGAACAUCUUGCCGUGCUCCCACUACCAUCUGGGACGACACCACGGCGUAUCAGGGGAGUAACGCCUUAAUUAUAGUGAUCUGGCAUUCGUACUCACGACCAUAACAACACAGUCGUCGAAUAAAUCUUCCUUGUGCUCACUGGUGGGUUUUAUUCCGCUCCUGUAGCGACAAAAUAGCACUCAUUUCUGAGGGUUAUUCAUUUACCAUUUAUCACAGUGGUAGAUGUUUCUUUGAGAUAAUAAUGUGGUAUGUUUCUAUUAGAAAAUUCUAUAACAUAAAAAUCACUUCUCUGAUGAUAUAGAAAUUGAUAAAAUAUCAAACUUAUAAUUGGUGAAAUGGGAUUUCUAAGUUAUUUAACAACAUUGUUAAUAUAAUUAGUGUUAAACAUAAAAGAUGUUACAAUUUUUGACAAAUACCAUUGCUAAGUACCAAAUCCAAAGAACACAGAUAGAUUGAAUAUUGAAGUGAAACCUAAAUCAAUCUGUUGAAUAUGAACUAGUAUGAUAAAUGGAGUACCUAAAUCAAGCUGUGUGUAAAUAAUAAUAUAUAUAGAGUGAUCAACAGAUGCUCUAAAAUUUAGAGCAUUUAUGGACGUUUGGAGUGUGUAAAAAGACAUGAUACGUAGGAGGUAGUCUAUCUAUGUACAUUAGCGUCUAUGUAAGGGGUACUUUAGGUAUCUAGUUACUAGUGUAAUCUAUUGUACAUAUCAAAAAAAAGUUUUUUAAUAUGGCUCUGAAGAAAGGUUUUAUGUAAUAAACUGUACAAUCAAUUAAGCUGAUCAUGUUGAAACUAUUGCACUCAUGGAUUAAGUGAAAAAUUCAUGAAUUCAAUGGUUCGCGCUCAGUGUACGCAUUUAAGUUCUACAUAUAGAUGUUGUUUUUUUUUUUUAAUUUAAUGGCCUCUUCGAAUAAGCUUUAUAUCGUGAAAUACAUACAAUAGCCCUGAUUAUCCAUGAAUGUACAAUCAUUGAAACUGUUAAAGCGAGAAAUGCAUUUCGUGAUGUCAAAAUUGACAGCUCUAAAUGUCAAUUUUGACAUCUCGAAUUGCAGUUACGAUUGUUACAAUUUGAGUAAAGCACUAGUCACAGCUCAGGAAGUCUGUGAUGUCACAGAGUGACAUGCUUUGUAUGAAACAUGUCACUCGUCUGCACAUUAGGUUCUGGGGCCCAAGCACAGAAUUCAUGUGUGACUAGUGCUUAACGAUAUAGGGUUCUUUGUGCAUAUGAACACAAUUCUAACUACAGUCAAAACCAUUUCAACAUCAUUCAUAAUGACAUAUUGGUUAUAAUGAUUAAAGUAUAAGCCUUGUCUAUUUGUAACUUACAAAUACUGGAUUAUGCGGCCUAAUAAUCGUGGUCCCUUGGAUGUUGUUAUAACAGAUGUUGGUGUAUUACUACGCAAAGAUGCGACACACACUUUCCCUGCCAUUUUAUCGUCUCCCGGGUAAUGGCAUAGCUACUGGCACUGAUGUCACUGCAUGUUUGCGUGUAUGAGAUGCGUUCACAAGCACCAAGGAACCCUAACCUUAAGGGCCGAAGUAUUUGUUUCACCCUGUAUAGCAGGUAAUGGAUUUAAGUAAUGUGCAAUUGAAAAUCAAGAUUUUAUUAACUAAAGAUCUGACUUUAUUUAUACAUAAUCAUAAUUUAUCUGUGAAAUUUUACCACCACUUUGUACACCACAGAUUUUUGACACUGGAGAAAGUGAUCGAAAUAUUUAUACAUAGGAUCUAAUUUGACAAACAUUUGGUAGCUUUCUACUAGUUUUUUCGAACCGUUUGAUAUAGUAGAUCUUCUAACUUAAGAGCGUGUAACUUUUGAAACUAACGUAAAUCCAUCCUUUAGUAAUGGAUGGGAAAACGUUGUGAGUUGACAUUGACGCCAGACGAUUUUGGCAAAUUUACACAGAUCCGGCGCAAACAGAGUAUCAAAUUGGUAUAAAGGUGGCUUUCCAUACAAAUUGACAGAUUUACUUCAACUAACUUAUACUAAAAGCUCUGAACUUGACAAAAAUAUUCAGGAACCAAUUAUAAAAAAAAAGUUAAACUAACAUCUGAAAAAUCCCAGUCUACCAAAAGUUUGUCAAAUAAGUGUGAUUUAAAAAAAGGUUUUAUUAUUUUAAAUUAUGUGUCUAGUCUGUGAUAUGGCUUAACUCUUCCUUGAUAUACUUUGCACGCGAUAUGUUACGUAAAAGGAAAAUUGGUCAGUAAAAUAUAUCUAGGCUUAGGUUUUGACAUUUAACAACUUCCAGUUUCUACUCUGUCAUUAUUUUUCAUCUCAUGUUGACAUUUUUUGAAAUUAAAUGUAUAGUACAUAAAUUUUUAGAAUGGACUCACCAUAUUUGCUUUAUUUAUCUCAUAGAGUUCUGCGGGAAAAAUCGUGCGAUGAAAUUUCACAAUGCAGGCUUACUCUAAAUGUAAAAAAAUAGAAUAGGUUAUCUGAUGGAUUCUGUAAGUUCUUUGCAGCAAUGGACGCUUAGGUAUUAUACAGGUGUAACCAGAACCAGAUUAUUAAAUUACCUUAACACAAUCCAAUGCCAAUAACCAUUUGCCUUAUCUGGUAGUUUUAGUGAUUUAGUAUUUUUCAAACCCGCAUUGUAUAGGGUGCAAAACUCGGGUCAAUGCCCCUCCUACGGUGCGGCAUUGAAUUCAAGUGGCCUAUUUACGGAACGUUCGUUGACCUCUAGUGUCAGUCAGAUGUUUUAUUUGCAAUAUAUUGUGAACUUAGAAAAAACAGGAUUUUUAUUUUAUUUUUUCGUGUUUUUUUGUGGUAGAUACCACAGUACUGAUGAUCGACGACAGUGAUGAUGAUGAUAUGGUACUGAUGAUUACUGACAAGAUUGUCAGUAAUCAUCAGUACUAUCACCUGUCUUCGUUUUUGCUAGCGUUCUGGUUACACCUUGUAUGUGCUGUCAGUAAAAUAAAUUGAACCUACCAUAAGCAUAACAUAAUAAUAUUAAUAGUGACCAAUUUUCCUAAUAAUUCACGUGUAUUUAAAGUUAUGUUAAGUUUAUUUGAGUUUUGAGUGCUGUCUAAUAAACUUUGUGUAACUUUAAACGAAAAAGGCAUUAUUAUAUUAUUACAUGUAUGUAUUUGUAACAAAAAUGUUGAUUAACUAGUUCACCAUUUUAGCGUUUAUAUUUAUAACAGUCCAUUAUUUUAAUUAAUAAAAUACAUUAUUGCACUUAUUUUCACUACCAGUACCAGUGGUGGAUUUAUUUGUUACUGCAUAUAAUUUUAUCUAAAGUGCAGUGGUCGGUGCAUAAAAGCUCCUAUCACAGACCACUGAAAUGGAGUGGAGACGUAUUUACAACCAAUCAGAUUAUUGAUUGAUGACACGAUAACGUCAUCUAACAAUAACUUGCAGCUCGAUUUCGAAAUAGCGGCGUCAAUCAUUAUUAUAAUGCCCGGCAAGCAAUCAGGAUCUGAAGCAGCGUGGGAGAUAGUUGGCGAAUCCGGGAAGCGAAAGUCAACGUAUCAACCAAUCGCGUACACUCGCGCCGACUGAUCAACCAAUCGUGUGCACCCGCCAUUUGCCAGCCAAUCACAUCGAUGCUCAAAUUGCCAGGCACUAUACAAUCUCAAUUGGCUGAAACUAUGUUAUUUUUUGCUGUUUAGCAAAUACUAGGAGAGACGAGAGUGUCGGCUAAUCAGGCGAUUGCGAUCGUCACACCAACUGAAGUUAGGCGUCAAGCUAGCGCGGCAGGCAGUCUGAUUGGUCUGCUGACCACGUCUCCGCAACGCUUUAAUGGAAACGCACCUUAAGGAUGCCUGUCCACUGAAGAAGAGCGGAGUGGAGACGUGUUUAACAAACCAACCAGAUCUUGGGCAAUAAUCGCCCGCUUUUUCAACUUUCGUGACAUCUAAAAGUUUUAACUGGUGACUAAGUAAUCAACGACAUUUUUAUUGCAUAAAUGCAAAGUGCUUCCGUCUUUUGAAAAAAAAAGUAGACUCGUGCUAAUAAAGAGCCUUGGGGUCGAUUCACACUCAGUCGAAGCGAAUCGAAUUCGAAACAGAACAAAAGGAGACGCACAUCGAACAGAAUGCGCGCGUCUUUUUGUCGUUUUUUCUCGUAAGUGAACAUUGAUAUGCAGAGAAAUGUCAAUUUUAGUUGUGGCUUCGAUUUGCUUCGACUCUGUCAGUGUGGAUCCACACUUGAAUUAAUUGCUUUAUAGGCUCAGGUUAUUAUAUUCACUGACUGUCCCCGUGUUUCCUAUACAUAGUAUUAUAUAUUAUUUUAUUUGUAAAAAACCUAAAAUGAACUUUGUAUUGUACACAGAACGAGAUUUUAAUGUGAAGUUUCGUUCCCUGUGAUACCAGAUUAUUAUGUUGGAUUUUUAAAAGUUGUUUUGCCAUUUACUUACUUGUAAAUAUAUAUAAUUUUUAUAUUAAAUGAAAAUAUACAUAAUAUAGUCA